AUGCCGGCCUGUCGAUUGUGCCAGAGUGCGAAGGCUGACUGCACCAUUUUUGAUCAUGCACUACAGCAGACGCUGUCUCGAAAGUAUAUCCAGUCUCUCAUCUUGCGCCUAGACAGCCUCAAGGCAAAACACGCUGCUCUCACACUAGAGACUGAGGCUGGCCGUCAAGCUCUGUCAGAGGACAACUUAGAUGGAGCGAAGACGCCCCAAGCUCAAAUGAACUUUUCUCCUUUCCCCGAAUCAAUACCCGAAAAUGACCAUGGGGGAGACUUCAACAACCACUUCCCUGUUCCCAGUGUCAAUGGGUCGACUUCCCGAUUCUAUGGGUCGAGUUCCGUAUUUGCGCUCGCGGUGGAGGUCCUGGCGCUGGCCUCCGAUAGAAACCUCUUCAACCCUUCCGGUCCAUUGGAGCCUGUCCUUUCAGCCAAGGACGGCCAUGACCGAGAUUUGGAUUCAGUAGCCCCGACGGCAGUCUUUGAUACCGGAAGAGAUUUUGUGCAGUCACUCAUCGCUGAUUACAUGGCCUCCAUCAAUGCCAUACAUCCGUGUAUUGACGAAAGUCACUUACAGAAGGACCUUGAUAGGUUUUUGGAGACGAACGGAGCUCUAAUGUUCGAUGCGGACAAGCUGCAGCGAACCGAAAAGUAUCAAUGCUUCCGCAUCGCCAUGAUGUGUUCCAUCUCCUGCACCGCAAAAUCGCGGCACAGUCCGAGCCUUGCCGCAUACGGCAACCAAUUCUACGCGCAGGCCGUGAGGUACGUCGAAGAAGUGACGGCAGAGGUAUCUCCCCAGUCCCUCGAAGCCCUCCUUCUCCUCGUAAUUUAUUGUCUCUUCAAUCCCCGCAAAGGUAAUAUAUGGAAGAUCUUAGACUUCGCCUGUCGUUUGAGCAUCCAAUUGGGCUACCACACGGAACAAGGGCACUCGUUGUUGGAGAGUGAAGAUGACAAGACCUGGAGGAGAACAGCUUUCUGGAGUCUGUACUCGAUGGAGCGAUUGGUAGGGCAAUGUUUCGGCCGACCUUCAGAUCUGCCCAGCUCUAUCAUUACCACAGAAUACCCGACUGUAAUCACGGACACGGCACUCUUGGACAAUGAAUCACGACAGAAGGUGUGCGCCGCUCAAGUAUUUCACUUGAUGUUCCUUCGCUCAGAAAUCUACACCGAAAUUUACCUCUCCGCCAGCAGCCCGCUGCCGCGACUGAAAUGGUUUCUCGACCAACACGCUACGUUGCGUCAAUGGUAUCAAAAUCCCAUCCAAAGGCCCUCCGGCGACGGCACCAAUAGUAUCGCAAGAGUGGGUGAAUUGAUGCGCGACAUUAUGUACCACUCCUCGGUUCUCUUCCUCUUUCAACGCCCUCUUCUCGAAGCCCUUGCCACCAUUCGAGGGCAUAAUCCACCACAGGGGGAUCUCUCCCAGCACAAACACUCCCUGACUAUCACCUCAGAACCCUACCACUCCGCGAAGAUGCUUCUCAGGUUGUACACGCUCAUCAUCCGCUCGACGACAUCCAAUUCACCUCCAUCCACCUUCCCUGUUACUUUCCUGGCCGCGUAUUCGAUCUUCCAAGCGGGCAUGACGCUUCUAUCUUACGCUCUUCUCUCUCUUGAGCCUGCCAUCCAAAUCCAAAGCGCUUCUUCUCUCACGCCUGGAGGCCCCCAAGAUUCGGGGAGCGGAGGGACCGAAGGAACGAGACUCGACUUCUCGGACUUGCUGAGCCGGUCAAACGAUUGCCUCGUGUUACUGGCCUGGUGUAAGGAGCAAUGGCCCGGUAUGGAGGGCAUGGUGGACGCCUUUGCGAGAUGUAGCGCCGAAACGAUACCGAGGGUGUUGAGAGCGUAG